CAAACGUCAAAACGCAAAGUGUCACUGUCAAAACUCCCAACCCAUCCGGGGAUGAAAUCAUUACAACAAAAAUGUUAAAUAUCCAUUAAAUUACAAUAACUACAACAAUUAUCAUGUAACUAUGGCAGACAAACUCAGACAGUUAGCGCAAAGGCUGAAAGACAAAGUGCAUUUACCUCAUAUAACAAAUGGCCGUGAGAAAGUCGAUCAGAUCAUCACAAGAUAUGUGCCCGCGACUAAAGUAACAGAAAUUGCGGAAAGACUUAAAUAUGAGACGGUGACUAAAAGGGUGCGGGAGAUGGUGUCCAGAUAUGAAAAAUUCACGGGUGUCGAAGAAAUUAUGGCUUUGCAAAAUACCGUCGUCGAUGCGCAGGAAAGAUUCAUGGCAGCACAAGACAGGAGACGAGAGCUCGGCCGCCAAGUCACCGAUGUGGAGAUGAGACUGAAAGAGCUUCACGCUGAGAUGCAGAACACCAUGAAAGGCGAUGACAAGUACUUACAUCUGUGUACUGAGGAGCAUAAGCUGAUAGUACAAGAGCGAGCUCUUCGCGCUCUCUUCGGGGACGCGGAGCGCGAGGAGAGGGAACUCUUCGCCACCAUGUCGGCAGCCGUCAAGCUUGGCCAUGAGAGGGAGAGGGCUCAUGCUGAGAGGAACAAGUACUGGUACAUCGUCGCUUCUAUAUUUGGUACAGUCCUCGGCAUAGCCGGCUCCUCAAUAAACAACCACCUGAAGAUGUCGGAAUUCCGUGAAAUGAUGGAGCAGCAAAUGGCUCGCAGUGCCAGCGUGCUCUAUACCAUCGCUGGCGGGGGCAAUGCCGCCACUGCAGACAUCAAGCAGGCUAUGCAGCAAGAGUUCGCUUAUCAGGACAAUCUCGCAAACAAUUUGAAACUCAUGCAGGAGAACAUUAACAAUCUAGUCGAAAAACAGGAACAUUUAAUAGAGCACAUACACCGCCGCGAAAGAACAGUAGACUCCCAACUACGGGACUUAACCCGAGCAAUAGUGAACGCUUCUCAAUCCAGCAUUCAAUCUGAUGCAGAGAUCACAAAAGCUCUAUCCGUGGUACACCAAGACUUGGAGGAUGUUGACCAAAUCAAAGAUAUUGAUAAAAACAAGGUUUUGUUAGAACCAAAUCAAAUUUUGACAGGCAUAGGCGUUAUAAUGGCAAUGGCAAUCAUUUUCGGCAAUAUUAUAGGCAGGAUUAGUUGAUUUUUUUGGCUGUCAACAUUUUUCGGGGUUUGAGGUUCCUGCGUUUUUUUUUUACUUCAAUAUUUCUAUUACUAAAGAAAAAAAAAUGCGAUUUGAUUUUUUUUCAAUUUUUUUAUUUAUUUAUUUAAAUAGAACGGCCAAAGCCAAUUACACUAUUUAUUUGAUAUUCAAUAACCCUUCUUGACAGUCGGGUAAAAAUCUAGUAGGUAUAUAGGUUUCGUGAAACUCAAUGUCGGUUCCUAACUUAAUUUUGAGCAUUCGCUGUUCGUUAAAAAUGGUUGCUGCGCAGCGAUCCGCACUAUGUUCCGAGACGACAAAAAGUUUGGCGUGACCCAGUUUUGCAGUAGGCACUUAUGUUGUACUUUUAAAUUAACUUGCAAAAGUUUUGCUACAUAUUCUAUACAAAUUAUUGAUUUAAUUCGUAAUUCUUAAAAAAAAAGGAAAAAUAUAAAUUCAUUUUGGUUGCAAUUGCCAAGCAAAAAAUAAAACAAAAGGAUUUUUAAAUUAAAAUAUAAGCAGAAUUAAAUUGGUAAUUAAUUAUACAUAUAGUGUAUACCGUAAUGUUUUUGAGAUAAUUUUGACAGCAUUUUUGAAAAAUAAAUUUCUAGUCGAAACUAGUUCGUAAAAUAAUUUAAUGCUUUUACAAUUUACUCAUAAACAGA